AUGGAGUACAGCACUACCACAUGGAGAAUUCAUAAUAUAAAAAAAUAUACAAAGCGAUCUGCGCUGUUAAAGGUUCUAACAGAAAGUAUAGGGCACCAAGACUUUACUCUGUCUUUCAAGGAUCACAAGCGACUGGCUAUUCUAAUUACGAAAGAAGAGGAGCUUCCAACUAUUAUGUUUAGAAAUACUGAGCUAGACAUUAGAAAGCAGAAAAAAGAGGAAAAAGAUGUAAAAGACAUAGUAACUCCACUGAAUGGGCUAAGCUAUGAAGAACAGUUGAAGAAAAAGGCAAAGGAGUUUUCGGCUUGUUAUUCUUUUUUAGAGUGCAUGGAGGAUCAGAUUGUUUCAGUUGCAUCGCCUGUCCAAAUGGGAUAUAGAAACAAAUGCGAGUUUACAUUUGGGGUUACACAUGAGGGGAAAGAGAUUCUAGGAUUCCGGCCCACCAAAUUCUCGUCUGCACCAAAUCUAGUGGCUGAUCCCAAAGAGUGCGUGUUUAAUACACCGGAUGAGAUGCUGGCAUUGGUUGAAAAGAUAAAUCAGUAUUUAUCAAGCAAAUCCGGCCAUGUAUUUAAUAGAGUAACGAAAGAAGGAUUUCUACGUCUUUUACUGCUUAGAAGGCUUGGUGAGCAUUUUAUAACUAUUUUGCAGGUGAACUGCGAAUCAGUGAAGGAGGCACUGGGUAAUCCUCUUAUAAUGGAGUUUAUAGAAAUACUGCCAGAAGAUGUAUUUAUAUCGUGUACCACUGGCGUAUUUGAUGGAAUAGCAAGAACUGCUGAUAUAUAUCAGGUCAAAGGAGCACCAAAGGAGUAUAAAGUAAAUGUUGGAGAGUGCGUAUUUCAAGUAUUCCCGCUUGGGUUCUUCCAAAUUAAUUCUAGUGUUGCCGAGCUUAUGAUAAAAACCCUAAAGGAUAACAUACAAACAGACAAUAUAUUAGAUAUAUGCUGUGGCUCGGGUCUUUUGGGAAUCUGCUUAGCCAAAAAUACAGAGAAAAAAGUAAUUGGCUUAGAAAUAUCUGAAGAAUCAAUUAAUGAUGCAAAAAGAAAUGCAGAAGAGAAUCAAAUUAAUGCAAAAUAUUAUUGUGGAUCGGUGGAGAAAACUCUUCCUUUAGUGCUGGCAAAAAUUAAAGGACGGCAACCGCAGUAA